UCCAUCAACUAAAUGUCCUCUGAGAAACACUUGCCUCUCUUUGGCGGCGAUGGGAAUGGGAAGGGCAAGCGACGAUAGCAGCAUCUCAAUCGCCGCCGCCGUAGUCCCCUCAUGAAAUUCAAAACCCCAUCGCUUCACCCUCUCAACUCUCUCCUCUCCAAAAACACCUCCAAAUCUCCCAUGGCUUCCACUCUCGCCCACUGCUCCGACCUCGACGACCUCCUCUGCUGCGACCAACAGGAUGAUCGGCUCCGGGACCAAUCCCCCGAAGCGCCGCCGUUUUGCGCCGACGAGCCGCCACCGCCGCCGGGAUGGUGCCUGAGCGGAGGUGCUGAUUCGCGCAUCGAACGGGCCUGGGCUCACUGGUCGAGGCUGGGCCGGCCCAAGCUGAUCGUCGCCCCGAUGGUGGACAACUCCGAGCUGCCGUUUCGGAUGCUCUGCCGGAAGUACGGCGCCGACGCCGCCUACACCCCCAUGUUGCACUCCCGCAUUUUCACCGAGAACGAGAAAUAUCGCUCACAAGAGUUUACCACUUGCGAGGAGGAUCGUCCUUUAUUUGUUCAAUUUUGUGCCAAUGAUCCUGACACUUUGCUGGAAGCUGCUCGGAGAGUGGAGCCGUAUUGUGAUUACGUUGAUAUUAACUUGGGGUGCCCUCAGCGUAUUGCUAAGAGAGGAAACUAUGGAGCUUUCUUGAUGGAUAAACUUCCUCUUGUAAAAUCUCUGGUAGAAAAAUUGGCCCUCAACCUUGAGGUUCCUGUGUCGUGCAAAAUCCGUCUCUUCCCGGAUUUACAGGAUACAAUUAAGUAUGCUAGGAUGCUGGAGGAGGCCGGCUGCUCUCUUUUAGCCGUCCAUGGCCGAACGAGGGAUGAAAAAGAUGGGAAGAAAAUCAGGGCCAACUGGGACGCCAUCAAGGCAGUUAGAGAGUCUGUCAGGAUCCCUGUACUUGCGAAUGGGAACACAAGGCACAUGGAUGAUGUUCAUCGCUGUUUGGCAGAGACGGGCGUUGAGGGAGUGCUCUCGGCUGAGUCCCUUCUUGAGAAUCCUGCACUUUUUGCCGGAUAUCGAACUGCUGAAUGGGUAGUAGACGGUGAAAAAGGCAAUAGUGAUGGAAAGCUAGACCAGGCAGAUUUACUGGUGGAGUACUUGAAGCUAUGUGAACAAUAUCCGGUACCAUGGCGAAUGAUCCGUUCCCACAUGCACAAGAUGUUGGGAGAGUGGUUCAAGGUUCAACCCCAAGUGAGAGAUGAGCUGAAUGCACAGUCCAAACUGACCUUUGAGUUUCUUUAUGGUUUGGUGGAUCGUCUUGGAGAGCUGGGAGUGAGAAUUCCACUCUACCAGAAAGAUAGUCUCGCAGCAGGAGUUUCACAAAAUGGUUUCGCUGCUUCCACUUCGUGACACAAUCUCGACAAGAUGCCGAUGUGCAAAAUAUCGGAUUUUCUGCAGAGUUGGGAAGAAGAAUUUUUGUUUGUUUGAAUUUUUAUCACAGUUUUAACAUGAGCAGGUUAUAACAUUUGGAAGGUCGGGUUUUAAACUAACCUAGCUUAACCAACAGGCAGAGUACAUGCGCAGAUUUUCACUCUGCUUGCUUGUAGUGAUUUAUAAGAGACCAUUAUUUGCAGCCUAGUCUAGGGCCAAAAAACAAGAGAUAGAUGAAUAGGGUGAGCACCCUAUAAAUCAGUUAUUCUUUUUGUUGUCCCACAGUGGGACAAAUGAUUAUUUUAAUUUAUGUGUUUGCAUAUGUAUUGGUUUUACAAACUAUUGAUUGUACGGUUUUGUAGGACUAUUGAUUGUUUUCCUUAUAAGAUUGUUGUAAUAUGUAUUCUAUAUCUUUUGUCAAGCUUCUGGAUUACAUUGUAGUGUAUUCCUCUA